UGGCCCGCCCCUCGAACAUCGCGCCCGGGGGUACUACACUCCCGAGCCACACAACUGGAGCCCACCGCGAGGGGUGGUAUCCUAUUCGUGCUUCUUCCGCUCCGCCUACAGCUUCGCGUCAUCGCAUUCACAGCACAGGCAAGCACACACAAUCCAUUCCAUUCACUUCCCAUCCACUACGAGUACGUCACAUAUGGAACGAGGGCUGGCGUGCAAUCAAGACAUGGCUAGAGUCACUACUGCGACUGUGUACAGGCGAGUAUACCCUCCAUCAUCAGUCCACCAUUACGGUGCUUGCGGAAUCGACGCCAACGCGCAAAGCGGACGUAGUCGCGAAAUCGACCGGCACAACGGAACGGUUCAGGUCUAUCACGGAGUCGGCGACUGGCUGUCUCGGAGACGACGGCACGUACGCACUCGACCGCCUCUUCACGGCCUCAGCAUCUACAACCCAGACCUACGAGCAAGCUACGGGACGCGCGACCGUGAACUCCGAGCCAGUUACGGCACAUGCUGGCGACGACCAUCUCGCGAUGCACACAUUCGUCGCAAGCGGCACUAUCGCCCAAUCCACGGAGAUACGGAACCACGGCGUUCACGAGACUCGACCAGCCACACGCACGAGCAUUGCCGCGGACGGACAGAGACGGGAGACGACGACACGCAUACAGGAGCGAGUUCUUGUGCGUACGGGCAGCGACCUAGUAGUAGCCGAGGACACUUCUCGCGGUACUGGCAGGACAGUCGACCCGGACACUCACAUCACCGUACGCUCGCAUGUUCACCGAGGCAGCUCACUCGCACUUCGCGACUUCUGGAGUGGAGUAGCAGGUCUUGCGGGGAGGAAACACGACGGAGCUACCCAGUAUGAGGGCCUGACCAUGACGACGAGACCCGGGACGAACACGAGCAGCGACAGUUUAAGCACUCACGAGCAAGCACUUGGGUUUGAAGGCCCGCGCAGAGGAGAGACUACCGGUUCGCGGGGGCGACACGCGAUGGAUAGACGAAGUAGCUGGGAAGUGUAUGUGGGUAAUGUGAGCUCUAUGACACAGAUGCCUAUGGCUACGACAAGCAGUGGUUUGCCCCUACUUGACGAAUCCUUCCGCAACACGUCACGUAUAUCGGCAACGAUGUCCGAGCCCGGAGUCGACAUGCGCAUUGGAAGGGGACCCGCCAGCAUGCAGAAGUGGUUAAGCGAAUCAGCACCCGGCGGGCGCAUCCGAACGAAGUCAGGGCCCCAUAGCGACGAGUGGAUGGCGGGACGAGCAAGGUGCUCCGCUAGAAUCAGUAUAUCUGUCAAGCUUGUUGGGCUUGUACGAGCGCGUCACGACGAGAGAUGAGCGGGCGACUUCGGAGGGCGGAGCGCUCAACCUGCAGGUCCUGGAGUCCAGCGAGUAACCGAGCACGCGAGCAGAGGAUUCAGGGGUCAGGGCCAACGAGUGACACCAGCAUCGGAGGCGAGGAUAUGCGCAAGCAAGAGGGGCACGCACGGGAGACGAGCGAGCAGACGCCAUUGGCCAAGGUGCAGGCCGCGACUGAGACGUACACGAUCGACCACCGUGAGUACAAGGCGCACCACCACGGCGCGGAGAUAGAGGAAGAGGUCGGGAAUCUGCUGGCGGUGCCGAGACGAGUCUUCACGGUCGAGGACGAUCACCCGCGGC